AUGGGAAGUUUACAAGAAUUAGAACAUCUUUUAAAACGAAAAGAUGACAAAAUUCGUGAACUGCAAAGACAGUUGGAUGAAAAGGAGAUGAAAAUUCAGGAAUUACGAAGCCAGUUGGAUAAAUUUCAGUCAGUGUUACCAGCCACAGUGAGACCACUAUUAAAUGGUCCCAGGAAACAACGAGCACAGGGUAUCAGUGCUGAACCACAAAAUUUCAGAACUAUUCAAGACUUGUCGCAAAAGACCUUCAGGAAACAUUCUAAAAAUAACAGGUAA